AUGAUCCUCGUUACGUUGAGAUACUAUGCUACUGGGAGUUUUCAAAAACUAGAUGGGGAUGUCAUGAAUAUAUGCCAACAGUCAGUAUCAAGAAUUAUAACUACUGUGUCUAAUUCAAUAGCACUACAAAUGAAAAUGUUUGUAAAAUUUCCAUCUACAGUGGAAGAUAUCAAUCAAGUAAAACAAAAGUUUUUUGAAGUGGCACAAUUUCCUGGAGUGAUAGGAUGUAUUGACUAUGGGAAUGGGGAUCAAAAAGGAAACUGUUGUGGCAGUGAUAUGUGCAUGUGCCACACCGCACAAUAUAUCAACAAUGUUAGACGAUGUCAUGAUGCCUUCUACUGA